AUGGGUGGUGCUGAUCCUAACAAAGCAUCAUGUUAUGAAUCUUGUAAUUCCAACAAUAACACUAGUAAGUUGUACAAAGGGGUGAGGAAGAGAAAAUGGGGAAAAUGGGUAUCUGAGAUAAGGCUUCCUAAUAGCCGUGAGCGUAUAUGGUUGGGGUCUUAUGACACACAAGAGAAAGCUGCUAGGGCCUUUGAUGCAGCCCUUUAUUGUCUACGUGGUCGCCAUGCUAGUUUCAAUUUCCCUGAUACACCUCUCAACUUGGAGAUACAUAAUAUUGUGGUUUUUCCUGGUGGAAACCAAUCUCUUUCCCCACGUGAAAUUCAAGAGGUUGCUGCUAAGUUUGCCAAUGACCCACCAUUGGAGACCCAAGAAGAAGAAGAAGAAGAACCAUCAGAGUCACAACUUGGUGCUAAUUCAUUUGAGUUAUUUGAAUCCAAUUCGAAUGAUGGGACUAUGCAAGUGGACCACGGGGACAUAAGGAACAUUGAUAGGACAUUUCUGAACAUGUUGGAUGACUUGAAUAAUAAUGGCGUUGUUGCUGGCUCCGAUUUUGGUUUCUAUUCUGGGCUACAAAAUUUGCACUCGGGUGAGUUAUUAUAUUCCUCUCAACCACCACCAUUUUCUGAGGAUGAUGGGGAAGAAAUUGAAGGUCAUGAUGCUUUUUCUAACCAUUCAUUCCUUUGGAGUUGGAACUUUUGA